AAAUCACAUCCUUUCUUGCGCCAUCUGUCAUGGCCUAAAGCAAAAAACAAUUGCUAUAAAAUCAGUCUGCUAGUGUUCCUUUGUCACCGAUUAACACCAAACCAACGAUUAACACCAAACCAAAGGAAACCAUUCUCCAUCAAAACUUCAAAAAUGGCGACAACUCACGCACGAGUCCCCGGCAAGCCAACCAAGACGGGCAUGGCCAUCCUCGAGACCGCAACAGCCACAGUCCAGAGCUUCAGCCCCAUCAACAGCAUCCACCAGCACCUCUGCGCCUUCCACUUGUACUCCCACGACAUGACCCGUCAACUGGAAGCCCACCACUUCUGCGCCCACCAGAACAAAGAGAUGCGCCAGUGCCUCAUCUACGACAGCCCCAAGGCCGAUGCAAAACUCAUCGGCCUCGAGUACAUCAUCUCAGAGCUCCUCUUCCUCACCCUCCCCGACAACGAGAAGCCGCUUUGGCACUCGCAUGAGUACGAGGUGAAGAGCGGCGUUCUCUUCAUGCCGGGCCUACCGGGCCCCAUCCAGAGGCAGGACCUGGACAAGGUGUGCAAGACGUACGGGAAGACGAUUCAUUUUUGGCAAGUGGAUAGGGGGGAUGAGUUGCCACUUGGGAUUCCGCAGGUUAUGUUGGCGUUGACCAGGGACGGUCAACUGCGGCUGGAGCUUGCGAUAGAUGUUCAGAUGAGGUACGGGGUGAGCUUCGAUGAGGAGAGAGAGAAGCGAGCUUACAUGGAGGGGCCGAAGCUUGGGGUGCAUCCUUUGGCUAAUGGAGGAGGGAAAGGGUUGAAGACUGAGCUCAGGGAGACCGACUGCAUGCCUGUAGAUUCUGUUCCCAGGGUCUUUGUUUGAGUCCACUGUAUAUAUAUGUAUGUAAAAUAAAGCUUCUAUAUGUUUUUUCAGUGUAAUUUUCUGCUCCUGUAUAUAUAGGCACUUACAAAACUUUUCCA